UUGAAUAAUACCUAGGUAGGUAUUGAUGAAACAACCAGUUGACCAUUUGAGAUGGAAAGCCACGUGACCUGUGUAUUCACCCCGGCCCGCUUGGCCUCUUCGCAUCUUCAUGAUCUUAGCAAUAGUCAUUCUGCUAGGGGAACUUUGCGAUAUGACGAUACUCUGAUCAUUGCUCCGUAAGCGUAAACCAGAGCCCACAGUUGAAGCUUCGCCCGGAGCAAGGCUCUGCCGAGAUGCGCUAAAUCGGACUCUGUCUUCCCCGCAGGCUAUAGAUUUAUCCCUUCGGCUGGGAACAUUGGGGGUACGCCACGCUACUGAGAACGAGGCUUUGUAGCCAUCCGAUCUUGCUCGAUUGCAAUACUAUCAAUCUCGGUUUUACGUUUCCAAUUGCGUUGCCCGAUUGUUUGAUUAUUUUCCAUUAUAUUUCUCGAAGAAAAAGAGAAGAACCGCCAAAACGAUUGCAUCAACGAACAUGGCAACAUUUCAACCAGCGAUCAUGUCGGCGUCGCUGGGCCGUGCAUGGCUUCACGACCUCGACGUCAAAAUCAAAGAGGCAGGAAAACAAGGAUUCAAGGGCAUCGAAAUCUUUUACGAGGACCUCGAAUACGCAGCUAAAAAGUUCUCUGGAAACGAGAAACCCACGUCUGAAGACCUUGUUGGAGCUGCCCGACAAGUGCACGCAAUGUGCCAGACAUCAGGACUUGAGAUCAUCGGACUGCAACCAUUCCUCUUCUAUGAUGGUUUAUUGGACCGCCAGAAACACGACGAGUUGAUCGAGAAGAUCCAUGUCUGGUUCCGCAUCGUCAAAGAGUUGAAGACGGAGACAAUACAGAUUCCAGCGAAUUUCCUCCCUGCUGAUCAGCUCACGGGGGACAUGGAUGUCAUAGUCAGUGAUUUGAGACAACUAGCGGAUUUGGGUCUGAAGGAAGAACCGCAAGUUCGCUUUGCCUACGAGAAUCUGUGCUGGAGCACGCACAUCGAUACGUGGGAGAAAGCCUGGGAAGUCGUCAAACAAGUGGACCGCCCAAAUUUCGGUCUGUGUCUCGACACGUUCAACAUCGUAGGGCGAGUUUGGGCCGAUCCCACAUCGCCUGACGGAAAGACGCCGAAUGCAGAUGAGGAUUUAAAGAAUUGUAUCAGCCAGCUGAUUCAGCAGGUCGAUUUGAAGAAGGUUUUUUACAUUCAGGUCGUGGAUGCAGAGCGCAUGACAUCGCCGCUGGUCGAAGGCCACCCUUUUCAUACCCCCGGUCAGCCGGCGAGAAUGAACUGGUCGAGGAACGCAAGGGCUUUUGCGUAUGAAGAAGAUAGAGGCGCAUAUCUUCCAAUAGAAGGUCUCGCACGAGCAAUUAUUUACGAUAUGGGCUACAAGGGUUAUAUUUCCAUGGAGCUAUUUUCGAGAACUAUGUCAGAGGAAGGGGAGCACGUACCGGGAGAACAUGCGCGGCGGGGUAUAGCGUCGUGGGAAAAACUUGUUGAUAGACUCGGCUUGAAGUAG